CACAGUUGAACCAUACCAUUUCUGCUCUGAGCUCUCUGACCAUUUCCCCCAUUCUCUCUCCACUUUCUCAAUAUCUUUCCUUCUUUUAUAAGGACAACAACUACUUCUUUUCCUCAUAUGCAGUAUUGUUGCCUUAUUCUGUAAACAUACCCACCAAGCUCCAAUUAGUAUCUGCAAGCACCAGCACCCAGAGAGAAAGAGGAGUGUGUGUGUGUGUGUGUGUGUGUUGUGUUCAAUGGACAAUGGUUGGAACUUACUCAACAGCAGCACCGGUGGUGGCAGAGGGCAGAAUGGUAAUUCUACUAACCUUACAUGGGAUAUAUGGGAGCUUGGCAAUACUUCACGGUUUGAUUGGAAUAAUAAUAGCCAACACUCGUUCAAUCAUGACACCACCACCGCGGCGGUGCCACCUGUCCCCACCAGUUCCACAACCCACCCAGAUGAAAGUGCGGUACACGCGCUUAUGUUCUCCCACCAAGGGAACAAUGCCCACCAUUCUUCUUCUUUUCUAUACGCCGGAGGGACCAAUUACCACCCUCCGGACCCACACCUAACAUGCUUGAAACUCGGCAAGAGGCAUUACUUCGAGGACCCCACCCGUCCAAUGGGUGAGCGACAAGAAGCAAAGGUCUCCAUAACCAAGAGAUUCAAACCCUAUUGCGAUAACGGUGGUGGUGCGUCCGCGGCGGAGAUGGUGACGACGGCUCCUCCUCGUCCGCCGGUGCCACGGUGUCAGGUGGAGGGGUGCCACGUGGCGCUGGUUAAUGCGAAGGACUAUCACAGGAGGCAUAAGGUGUGCGAAAUUCAUUCAAAGGCUGUGAAGGUCGUGGUUCUUGGGGUUGACCAACGAUUCUGUCAACAAUGUAGCAGGUUUCAUGCAGUGUCAGAGUUUGAUGAUGCAAAGAGGAGUUGCAGGAGGAGAUUAGCAGGACACAAUGAGAGAAGAAGAAAGAGCUCCCAUGAUCAUUAUAGACCUACAAACUCUUCUCAAGACACUCAACUAAUGGCUGAUAGAUAUCAAUCAUACUUAUCAACACCAACAGGCCGUGCUCUCUCUCUUCUGUCAUCAUCGAAGAACAACAAUUCUUGGAUCCCAUCAGCCGAUCUCUCCUCAAGAUGCAGUGCUGCAUUACACGAACUCAUCGCAGAGCAUCGAGCAGCCAUUCUUGCUAGACAGAUGAUCCUUGACAGGGACUGGCAUUGGCAUCAACAGUAUUCAAUGGAGGACACAAAUGGAGCCCAAAGCGGUUCAAGUUCUGUUAUGCCCCACCAACUCCAAAUGUUCCCUGAAUCACUCGAUUAAGACCAUUUCAGUGAAGCUGGUGGACUGUUUAUGUGCAGGUACCAAGUUCAACAUUAGCGUUUUCUGUCAACAAGGAGGAAAGCAGUCUUUGAUUGUACUAUUGCGAGCAAGAAGAAAAAUAAUAAUAGCACUUUUAGUAUUUAAAAUACGUAUUUUUUAUCAAUUUAGUUCUCAUUAUAUUAAUGUCGUUAAUUUUUGUCUCUAAAAUAUUUAAUUCGUGUUACUUUGUUCUCUAUAUAGAUGGACUGACAAGUUUUUUUAACGGAAGUGACCGCGGGCUAUUUUUUUAAAUAGUAUAGUGUGCUAAAUACGUGAUUGUUAUGUCAAAAAAUUGACGGUCAAUUUAUCUAGGGACUAAAAUGACACGAAUUGAAUACAAUGAGAG